CUCACUGGCUAGAGAGAGGCCUGGGUUUUAGUCGCAGCUGCUCCCAGUGAGCUGUGUGGGUGCACGGAGCCCAUGCCCACUCUGGGCUCUGCCUGUCCACGCGAGCUUGCAGGAGCUCCGCUCAAGGCUUCUUACAAAACAGACCCCGGUCCCGGCGUCGGCCGCCUGGGACGCCGCGUGGGAUCCCGCCAGCGUAGCCCCGAUAGGGGUCUCACACCCUCUCCCCGGGGUCUCACACCCGCUCCGCGAGUCCCCGGGCCCCCCGUACGGGGCGCACCCUGGCUCGCCCGGCGCCCCGCACAGCGCAGGAGAGGUGCCUCUCUGGCGCCCCCCGGCCGGGAUGCCAGUGUCCGGAGGCGGCGCGCCUUGUCCCGCAGCUUGCCCCGCAGCCCUUUAUGCCUAGCGGGCUGGGCCCUCGCUAAUGUUUAACUCGGGGCCGAAACUUGGGAGCGCCGAGUGACUCCGGGCCGGCGGGGAGCGGGGAGCUGGACGCGCGUCCCUGGGCGAGUCUGACUUCUGCUGCCUCCCCGCUCUGGACGGACGCUCAGUUCCGAGGAGCCGCCGACGAUGAAGACGCAAUGGAAGGUGCUGCUGGGACUGCUGGGGGCUGCGGCGCUCAUCACCAUCAUCACCGUGCCCGCGGUUCUGCUGAGCAAAGAUGAUGUUAUAGUUGAUGAUCGCAGGACCUACACUCUAACUGAUUAUUUAAAAAGUACUAUUAGAAUGAAGAACUACAACUUGCGGUGGAUUUCAGACCAUGAAUAUCUCUACAAACAAGAAAAUAAUGUCUUGCUAUUCAAUGCUGACCAUGGAAACAGCUCCACUUUCUUGGAGAACAGUACAUUUGAUCAAUUUGGACAUUCUAUAAGUGAUUAUUCAGUGUCUCCUGAUAGACAGUUUGUUCUCUUCGAGUACAACUAUGUGAAGAAAUGGAGACAUUCCUACACAGCUUCAUAUGACAUUUAUGACUUAAAUAAAAGGCAGCUGAUAACAGAAGAAAGAAUUCCAAAUGACACACAAUUGAUCAGAUGGUCACCAGAGGGUCAUAAAUUGGCAUAUGUUUGGAACAAUGAUAUUUAUGUUAAAAAUGAUCCAUAUUCACCAAGUCAGAGGGUCACACAUGAUGGAAGAGAAGAUGCGAUCAGUAAUGGAAUAACUGACUGGGUUUACGAAGAGGAAAUCUUCAGUACCCACUCUGCUCUGUGGUGGUCUCCAAACGGCACAUUUUUAGCAUAUGCCCAGUUUAACGACACCGACGUCCCACGUAUUGAAUACUCUGUCUACUUGGACGAGUCGCUGCAGUACCCAAAGACUAUCCACAUUCCAUAUCCAAAGGCAGGAGCUAAGAAUCCAACUGUAAAGCUCUUUGUUGUAAAUACUGACAACCUCACCGAUCUAGAGCCUGUGCAAAUCGUUGCUCCUGCUUCUGUGCUAAUAGGGGAUCACUACUUGUGUGACGUGACAUGGGCAACCAAAGAAAGGAUUUCUUUGCAGUGGCUCCGGAGGAUUCAGAACUAUUCAAUAAUAGAUAUUUGUGACUAUAAUGAGUCCACUCCCAAAUGGAAUUGCUUAGUGUCACGGCAACAUAUUGAAAUGAGUACUACUGGCUGGGUUGGAAGAUUUAAGCCUGCAGAACCUCAUUUUACCUCUGAUGGGAAUAGCUUCUACAAGAUCAUGAGCAAUAGUGAGGGCUACAAACACAUUUGUCUUUUCCAAAUAGAUAAGCCAGAUUGCACAUUUAUUACAAAAGGAGCCUGGGAAGUCAUCGGGAUAGAAGCCCUUACCAACGAUUACCUAUACUACAUCAGUAAUGAAUAUAAAGGAAUGCCAGGAGGAAGAAAUCUUUAUAAAAUCCAACUUAAUAACUACGCAAACGUGACAUGUCUGAGUUGUGAGCUGGAUCCAGAAAGGUGUCAGUACUAUUCGGCAUCAUUUAGUAAAGGGGCGAAGUACUACCAGCUGAGAUGUUCAGGCCCGCAAAUCCCCCGCUAUAGUCUGCAUAGCAGCAGCAAUGAUAAAGAACUGAGACUCCUGGAAAACAAUACAGCUUUGUAUGAGACACUGCAGAACAUCCAGAUGCCAAGAAAAACACUGGACUUCAUUCAUUUGAAUGGGACGAAAUUUUGGUAUCAGAUGAUCUUGCCUCCUCAUUUUGAUAAAUCCAAGAAAUAUCCUCUACUAAUAGAUGUGUAUGCAGGCCCCUGUAGUCAAAAAGCAGAUGCCACCUUCAAACUCAGCUGGGCUACUUACCUUGCAAGCACAGAAAAUAUUAUAGUAGCUAGCUUUGAUGGCAGAGGAAGCGGUUACCAAGGAGAUAAGAUCAUGCAUGCAAUCAACAGAAGAUUGGGAACAUUUGAAGUUGAAGAUCAAAUUGAAGCAGCCAAACAAUUUUCAAAAAUGGGAUUUGUGGACGACAAACGAAUUGCAAUUUGGGGCUGGUCAUAUGGAGGGUACGUAACCUCGAUGGUCCUGGGAGCAGGAAGUCGUGUGUUCAAGUGUGGAAUAGCCGUGGCGCCGGUGUCAGCAUGGGAGUUCUAUGACUCAGUGUACACAGAACGUUACAUGGGUCUCCCUACUCCAGAAGACAACCUUGACCAUUACAAGAAUUCAACAGUCAUGAGCAGAGCUGAAAAUUUUAAACUCGUCGAGUACCUCCUUAUUCAUGGAACAGCAGAUGAUAACGUUCAUUUUCAGCAGUCAGCUCAGAUCACCAGAGCCUUAGUGGAUGCUGGCGUGGAUUUCCAGGCGAUGUGGUAUACUGACGAAGACCAUGGAAUCGCUACCAGCACAGCACACCAACAUAUAUAUACCCACAUGACCCACUUCAUAAAGCAGUGCUUCUCUUUACCUUAGCACCUCAAAGCAGCAUGCCAUUUAAAGCUUAUUAAAGCCAUUUUGUUUUUAUUAUCUUAAAACUGCACUGUCAAGAUGAUCUUUUAAAAAGAUUCUCAAAUCAAGAAAAUUUAAGGUUAACUUUGUUCCCAAAUGUCAUAGAUAGAACACUCAGUGGAGACUUAUGUCCUUGCAACAGAUUAUUGCCUUACAGAAAUUUGAAAUAUUCAGUCUGGUUUUGUUUAUUAUUUAAAAUCACUUUCACAUCAGUUGCUGAAACAACUAUGAAUUGCUUUUAUGGGAGCUUUGCAUCAGUUUCCUGGGAAGCAUUUUAUUUUUUUCUAACUGGACUAGUCCAAAUCUUGUUCUCUUCUUUAAAGGGACAGCAAGAUGUGGGCAGUGAUGUCACAGAAACAGGGGGAAGAGAGGACAGGGAGAGAAGCUAGCCCGGCCUGGCUGGGAACCCAAGUCCAAGCACGCUGACCCGACCAGGCUACUGUCAGCGCCGCUCAGAGAAGAGCUGUUCACAGGCAGAAGGGCACAAUUUUCUGAGAAAGACUGUUCAAACUGCCUCAGGAAAUCAUCUAUGCAAAGCACUGACUUCUAAGUAAAACCACAGCAGGUGAACAGACUCCAAAGAAAUGAGAGGGAAACUGCCAACAAUGCAAGGCCCCCAGGUGCCAGUUAUGGCUAUAGGUGCUACAAAAACACAGCAGGGGUGAUGGCAAAGCAUUGUAAAUGUGCUUUAAAAAAUAUUGAUAUUUCCUCCUGAAAGAGGCAGCUUGGAACUGAGAUGUGAACACCAGCUUGCCCUAUUAAAAGAUGAAAAUAUUUGUAUCAUAAAUCCUAACUUGAAGGCGUCCUUGCACCAAUUUUUCUUAUUUCUUUGAGCAUUUAAUUAAAAGAAUAUUUUUA